GAUUUAAAUAAGUAUCUUAUUACUAUAUAGUCAAUUGCAUACGAAUAUUCGUAAGAGAAAGAUCACUUACUGUAGUUUAUUGUAAUAUUAAUACGCAACAAAAUGGGUGGUAAAAUGCAAGGUCUUACAAAAGAAUCUCUGAAAAAAAAUUCUAUGUUAUUGCCAUUAUUCUUCUGCAUCGGAUUUGGAGCAUUCGCUGCUACUGGUUAUUUAUUACGCCUUGCUUUGCGAAGUCCUGAUGUUACGUGGAAUAGUAGACGCAAUCCUGAACCAUGGAAUGAAUAUAAAGAUAAAGAUUAUAAGUUUAUUAGUGUUCAUGAUACAACUAACUUCAGAGCAAAACCUCCACAAUAUUAAAAGUAUAUAUUUUGUAAACUAGUCUUAAUUAAA